ACGAGGCGCAUGCGCGGUCGGCCAGGCCCUGCUCUCCCUGCCUGAGCAGGUGCAGGGAUGGGCCCCGCGAUGGAGCGGAGGCAGCGGGGAUGCCGCGGAGCUCCAGCCUGGGGGUGCCGCCGCCUGCUGCCCCUCCUCGGCGCCCUGGUCUGCGCUUCUGGGGACAACAGCGUCGGCCCGGUAGGGACGCGGAGCGGCGGGCCGCCAGCCUUGAGCUGGUUAAAAACAUACGGUUAUCUGUUUCCUUAUGACACCCGAAUGUCUGCUCUGCACUCAGGAAAAGUUAUGCAGUUUGCAGUCUCCACUAUGCAGCAGUUUUAUGGCAUCCCCAUCACAGGAGUUUUGGACCAGACCACUAUUGAAUGGAUGAAGAAACCUCGUUGUGGUGUUCCUGAUCAUCCCCACCUAAGCCAUAAACGAAGGAGUAAGCGAUAUGCGCUAACUGGACAAAAAUGGAGGCAGAAACAUAUCACAUACAGUGUACACAACUAUACGCCGAAGGUUGGGGAGCUUGAUACCAGGAAAGCUAUUAGGCAAGCAUUUGAUGUUUGGCAGAGGGUGACUCCACUCACCUUUGAAGAAGUUCCUUACCAUGAAAUUAAAAGUGACAGGAAAGAGGCAGAUAUUAUGAUAUUUUUUGCUUCUGGCUUUCAUGGUGAUAGUUCACCUUUUGAUGGAGAAGGUGGAUUCCUAGCCCAUGCUUAUUUUCCUGGACCAGGAAUAGGAGGUGAUACUCAUUUCGACUCAGAUGAGCCAUGGACACUGGGAAACUCUAACCAUGAUGGAAAUGAUCUCUUUCUGGUUGCAGUGCAUGAACUAGGUCAUGCAUUAGGCCUUGAACACUCCAAUGACCCCAGUGCCAUCAUGGCUCCUUUUUAUCAGUACAUGGAAACGCACAAUUUUAAGUUACCACAAGAUGACCUUCAAGGAAUUCAGAAGAUCUACGGUCCACCUGCUGAGCCACUGGAACCCACCAGACCUUUACCAACCCUUCCUGUUCGUAGAAUUCAUUCCACAUCAGAAAGGAAACAUGACAGACAUUCAAGACCUCCUAGACCUCCCUUAGGAGACAGGCCUUCUUCUCCAGGCAGUAAACCCAACAUUUGUGAUGGGAACUUUAAUACGGUGGCUCUCUUCAGAGGAGAAAUGUUUGUUUUUAAGGAUCGCUGGUUUUGGCGUCUCCGGAACAAUCGUGUGCAGGAGGGUUACCCCAUGCAGAUUGAACAGUUCUGGAAAGGGCUUCCUCCAAAAAUUGAUGCUGCCUAUGAGAGAUCUGAUGGGAAAUUUGUUUUCUUUAAAGGGGAUAAAUACUGGGUCUUUAAGGAGGUGACUGCAGAGCCAGGGUACCCACACAGCCUGGUAGAGCUGGGCAGCUGUCUUCCUCGAGAAGGGAUUGACACAGCUUUACGAUGGGAACCUGUAGGCAAAACAUAUUUCUUCAAAGGAGACCGAUAUUGGAGAUAUAAUGAAGACAAGAGAGCCACAGAUCCAGGCUACCCCAAACCAAUCACUAUAUGGAAAGGGAUCCCUCAAGCCCCACAAGGAGCUUUUGUCAGCAAAGAAGGAUUUUAUACCUACUUUUACAAAGGGAAAGAAUAUUGGAAGUUUGAUAACCAGAGGCUCACUGUGGAACCAGGGUACCCCAGGUCAAUUCUCAAAGACUGGAUGGGGUGUAACCAAAAAGAGGUUGAACGAAGCAAAGACCGGCACCUUUCUCAUGAUGAUGUGGAUAUUAUGGUGACUAUAAACGAUGUGCCUAGCACCGUCAAUGCAAUUGCAGUCGUGAUCCCCUGCAUUUUAUCUCUGUGCAUCCUUGUUCUGGUUUACACAAUCUUCCAGUUCAAGAACAAAGAGGUCCAGCAAACUGUGACCUACUACAGACGGCCUGUCCAAGAAUGGGUAUGACAAGCUCAGCAGCUCAUUUGGGUUCACAUGUGAUGAUGAUGAGCUGCAGACAUAAAAAAAGGGGGGAAUAAAGGAUAGUCUGCCAAACAAACAAAACUCUUCAAGACACUUGGAUGAGUCAGAAUUCUGGGACGGAAAAAACAAAAACCAACAAAACCCAGGUGGCCUUGCACGGUAGAGCUACUUUCCUUCUGACGGACUGCCUCAGUGCCGUGUAUGUCUCAGUGUGACAUUUUUCACCAACCCACUCAAUGAGUGUCCGAGACCUCAAGAGGAGUUUGCUUCAACUUUUUUUCAGUUCACCUGAGCAAUCUUCUUCAGUGCCCUCUUUUAAACCCAGCAUUUGCCAGUGUAGCCAACCAUCUCUCGACAAGCCGUUUUCUUUUCUACACUUGUCUCAUUAAAAAUAUAAUUCUUUUGGACACAAAAGAAGUGCUUCAGUACUGACUGAAGAAAACAUGUUGAGGUUGAGUCGUUCUGAAAGGAUUUUAAUUUAUUACAGGGACCAGGCAAUUACCUGGAUAUCAUUUUUCCAAUACCUGCUGGUCAGAUGUUUUGUACAUUCAUGGUAAUUAGCUGAUGUUCCCACUCUGCAACUGCAGAUGCACAUAGGGAGCUCUUAGGAGGUAAUUCUGUGUAGACCACAACUUCAAAACAGCUCUAAAGCCAGGUCAAAUCACGACCUCAACUGACAGAACAAAAAUUUCAGAAUUCAACCACAGUCUGGAAGACUAAGCAAUUGGGUUUAACACAAAUAAUGUUAAUGCAGACCUUAAUGCUCUUGUUUUCAAGAACCUGUCAUGUAAUGAAUAGUUAAAUGUCAUAUUACCACUAUUUUAAUUUGGCAACAAUAAAUUGUUACUAUUAUAAGACUGAAGAGUCUAUUUUAUGAUAUUUUUAUGUCAGAAAAAUAAGUGGUGCUUUCCUUAGGAAGUGUUUUUCAGCAACACUGCAAUUAAGAUUUCUCAUGGAGUCAUGAAAGUUGUCGCAAAGCGUGGACAUAAAUCAGGAAAGUUAUGCCGAAACUUGCAAUAUAAAACGUGAUAAUCUAACACAAAUGAAAAGGAGCUGUUAAUUUAAUUGGAAACAAAAGCAAACAAAAAGGUGAAAGUAUUGGUUGGCUCUAGUUUGCAGAAUGGGAUUGGCAAAAGGUACUUUUCUUACCCACUCUUCAUUUCAGCAGCCCCUCCAAAUGCCUCUUCCAGGAGUUGGUUGACCCUGCUGACAGGCUCCUGUGCCGCCCUAUUUUUGACAGUAUCUCUUUCCUUUCAUCUGUCACAUCAUUCAGCACCAUUCUCUUGCUCUCACAAGAGGUAUUUUGAAGGCAGAAGGCACACAGGACAUUUACCGUUACCCAUCCCCAUCCAUACCCCAUUCUACAGAUUGAGCCCAAUAUUUUUCAAUAUCUCAGUUGUUAAUGCUUGCCAUAAUGCUACACAUGAAUGCAUUGCUAAAGAGAGGGAAAUUGCAUGUUUUUGCUUCAAUUGGUACCAUGUAAGAUAUUUGUUUGUUGUAAUCUUGGUGCCCAGUUUGAUUUUCCAUAAAUAGGAAAACCUUAAUUAUUUCAGUUUUCUUCAGAGUUGACAAACUAAUGCAGCAAUUGUAAACUCACUGAUCUGUGUGUAAGCCCUUUUGAACUCUAAGGGACUUAUCUCUGAGAAGACAUGGAUAUGGUAGGCUUUUUAUUUCCUUUUUGCCAUUAUACUCAGAAUUUCUAAAUGAAACCUAUCUCAUGUAGAUAGUUGUAUGAAUCCUAUGUUGUUCAAGUUAUAUGACAGUGUUUCCCAACCUUGAGUAACCCAGGUGUUCUGGGACUGCAGUUCCCAGAAGCCUUCACCACGAGCUCUGCUGCCCAGGAUUUCUGGAGAUUGCAGAAGAAUCUUACAUGUGUUCGUCAUGUUGAGAUGGUUGCACAUGAUAAUCUGCAUUGAGGCUCCUGCAACAAGUAGUGUCCAACAUGCAAAGUGGUCUUAAGAUCAUGGCAUCUUUAUAUCCAUUUGCAUAUAUUUGCUACAAUGAGUUUAUCUACUGCAUCAGCCAACAUGUCAUCCCAACCAUCUCAAAAGUAUGGGAGUGUACCGUCCUCAUUGCAGAAAGAGCAGGUGUCUAGCCAAUGCCUUGUUCUACAUAUCUUCCCCAGGCUGUUCUCCCCUGGCUAGAUCCACUUCCAAGGAAGUGGAGAAAUGAAUUUAAAUUACACAAGGCAAGAGUCUGCAGAAAACAGCUGAGGAAAAGAUUAUUCUGUUCCCUCCCACUGGCAUCCCAACCCUCCAUAAUAGCAUUACAGAGCUACCAAAGGUCUGCGGGCUGCAUGGUGCCUUUGUAAUGUCUAGAACUAUCCCAGUUUUAGUUCCCAAAUGAGGAAUUAGUAGAUAUUUCUGGAAGAUUUUUGCAGAUUAAAGACCACCACAGAGACUGUGUGCCCAGCAAGCUUCUAGUGGAUGGCACCCAGAUGUUUUUUUCAGACAGGCCAUAAUGAUUUUAGUCUGGAACAGUAUUUCAUUAUGUUAUUAGAACUCAGCAGGCUGUGAGAACAGGGCCUUGUACAAUUAAGAAACAAGAAUGCAAUGCUGCUUAUUGUUCACACCCCUUUCCAUUUUUCUAGCAACAUUCAAGUCUGAUUUUCAGUACCUACAUCUAACUGUACCACUGCAAGGCCUUUAAAGAGCUGGGCCGAGUAAAAUAUGUUUGGCACUGGUAUAUAAAGCUUUUAAUGAUUUCAACAGGCUUCAAAAAUGAAACUUGGUGAUCAUAUUGGAUUCACAGUCUAAGAAUGGCAUAACUAUAUUUUGUACCAACUUACAGAUUUUUAAAAUACAUUUUUGCUUUAAUGAUUCAGGUGGAACACUCCUACUGGUGAAUGACAGGGGA